AUGGACCCAAAAUCUCACCCAGCCAUCACAGUCACAAACAUAUGGAACUUCAUUCCGUUUAUACUGGAGAUGGAGAGCGGACAGUACACCUCAUGGGCAGAAUUAUUUCGCAUCCAUUGCAGGGCUUUUCAGGUUGUAGAUCACAUUGAUUCUACAAUCAUCCCUCCUUCAAAACCUUCUUCUUCUUCUUCUUCUUCAACCUCAACAGAAGCUGAUAAAACCUCCACUGAAGCCAACAAAACUAAAGCAUCAGAGUUUGCAGCAUGGUCACGACUUGAUGCUAUUGCAUGGACUGCCCUUGAAAACAUUUUUCAAGAUAACCAGAGCACUAGAGCUGUCUAUCUUGACAACAAAUUCGUCUCUACAAGACUUGACCAACACCUUAACAUCUCCUCCUAUUGCCAAGCCAUGAAGAUGCUUGCUGAUCGACUAGCAAAUGUGGGAAACCCGGUUUCCAACCAACGUCUUGUUCUUCAACUAAUUGCUGGUCUCAAUGAAAGCUAUGAAGGGGUCGCGAUGAUCAUCCAGCAAACAACACCCUUCCCUGAUUUCUAUGAAGUCCGCUCCAAACUCAUCAUGGAAGAAGCUCGAAAAGCUCAUCAGGCUGCUGCCACUGCUGUAUCCCUAACCGGAGGCACCUCCGCUACCGCCUUGACUAUUUCAACACCAAUGACUCAUCCAAAUUUUGGAGAUAGCAGCCGCCUUAACCAACAACAGGCAGAUCCCUUUACCUCUCGUGGACGAGGACGGGGUCGAGGAGGACGCGGUCGUGAACGAUCUUCCAACAAACGUGGAUGUGGUACCAACAAUAACCAAACCCAACAAACAUACAAUCGGGAGUCCCGCCCCUAUCAGCCAUGGACUACACCGCCACCAUGGGAUUUUCCCAACUAUACAACAUGA